ACGGUUUGCAUCGUCGUCGGCUUGGGUAUCAAACGAACAAAGUCACUACGAAAGAUCAAUUUGAAGCAACAAGGAUAUUAGGUGAUAGGAUUCCCAGUAUUGACCGACAUGUAUCCUUGUUGCUGGGAUAGCUUUGGCCAGGUCUCCUCCAGGAUGUUGCUCUCCAUGCAUGAUCUUAUCUCUUCGCGACCUGUUCUUUGAUCAUGUCAAAACAUUGGUUGGCGUGCAAACAAUGCUACCAUGAUCCCUAUCAGCGACUAGCGUUUCAAAAGUACUGCCCCCAGGCUUUCUGCCGGUGAUUGUAUGGCGCCGCUGUGAAUGAUCGGAAUUACUUUUCAUCGCGACAUGAUUAAUGUCCAUCUAUUCUUGUCCCUGAAGCAAAGCCUCCAGUCAGUGCGUGGCACCUUCGUCGAUAUCCAUGUCUGUUUCGUUACUUCGGCUCCCGGUUUGGUAAUCGUUUACGUGUCGUAUACUCGUGGGAUUGGCUUCAUGCUCGAGUCUCGUUGAACCUAAAUGGAUUUUCACGGUGAAUCAUUAGCACGUCGACUGGUUGUCAUUCAAUCAUCCAAGGGAGCGGAUAUCCUAGUCAUGGUAACCAUGAUGGAGUCCGUCGGAACUUGCUGUAUGAUAACGCAGCCAGUCCACCCAGUGAAGCAUCUGAGACACUUUGCUGGUGCUUACCCCAGGUAAUGAUAUGUUAUAAUUACAUGUUGGGUACAAAGUAUCUUUGAAUUUAAUUGUGCGAGGUAUGAAUCGU